AGACAGGACUUUUGGAAUCGUUGUCGCAUUAAACAAAAAUACCCGUGCAGGCCAAACCCUUAUUGUCGCCGGGACCCACAUCAAUAGACGGUAUCGAGAUCAUAUAAUUGUCCCCACUUAUGGGAAGUUACUCUGUGCUGGCAACUGGCAAGGAUGCGGGGACCUAGUGCAGCAAUACACACUGAAAAGUCCUGACUUUUUUACCUCCUAUUGCAACCUCCGAAUUUCACAUAUACCCUAAAUAAGUAUUUGCGAUCAUGCUAGAGGAUAUUCUGCCGGACGACGCAUCUCCUUUCCCAGGACUCCCGGAGCGGCGUCAUGCUUUCGUGAAACAAGAGCAAGAACGGGAUGCGGCGGGCGUCCGAGUGCUGAAGGCCGACCCUGACCUCCCGACCCGCAAGGGCCGGGCUGCUUUUAUUCACGACCGCCAUGCGCAACCUGAAGAAGUGUCCGUGGAAGAAGAGCUCGGGCGACGGCGAAAAGCGCACUGUUUGCACCGCGCGAAAGCUGGAUCGAGAGAAGCGAUAGACGGCGCAGUAAGUGGUGAUACUACAGCGGCCCAAGAUAAAAACACUCGUGCGAAGAACGAUGAAGUGUCGAUGCCGCUCGAUCACUCCGCGUCUUCUGUUCUGUCGUGCGCGGCGUUUCUCGAUCGGACAGACUCGCUCAAGGUGGCGGCGGAUGAGCGCAAAGAUGACCGGGCGAGCGGGCGCGACAGUCGGAGCGCACUCGCGGGAGCGGUGCGCAACACGCGAUCGCGACAAAGUUCGCCGACCGACAGUAUCGGCCGGGGCGUCACCAACACGGCCGGACCCGAGCUACGGUUGAUGCAGGGAAAGCAGCGAAGGAGCGUCGAGGCCCUCGGUGCGCAAGAACUCCUACGUCCCACCACGGGGUCCGCUUGUUCGGCUCCAGAGAGACCUCCUCAAACGCCCGGAGUAGACGAAGGCGCACUUUACGCAAGGCGCAGGCACGUCAACCCCGACGCCGGGCGGUCGCAACUGUGGUUGGACGAAGAUGACGCGGCCAGGAACAGCCCGCUGCACCACCUGCGGGUGCGACGGCAGCUGGCACCUCCUUCGGCGAGUGCAGCUGCACAGGGUGAUAUUAAGCAGAGCGGGAAGCUGCCCGCAAAUUACUGGGUUGGCGCUCGGUUCGCGCGAACGAACGCAACCGUCAUCUGACUUUUGGGUAUAAUUUAGCUACCCACUUUAACUUUUGUGUGCGCCCAAGCUGCGGAUGGGUUCUGUCCGUGUAAAUGUUUAGUUUUCUAUACACCAUUUCUUG